AUGUUGAAUUUCAAGGGUUAUCAAAUUGAGAUCGAAUUGAAGGACGGCAAACGUAUCACAGGUACGCUGAAACAGGUGAGCCCCAAGUCUUUGACAUUGACUGAUGCUGUUUUCCAAGAUGGUGGUGUUUCGCCAGUUUUUAAGAUUAAAGCAGAUAAAUUGUAUGAUUUGAAGGUGUUGAAGUUACCACCAAAUGCUAAUGUUAAGAUGAACAACGGGAAUGGUAAUGGUAAUGGUAAUGGUAAACAGGAGAAGGAGAAGGAGAAGGGUAAAGAAAGAGAUAGGUUUACGGAGAAAGCAGAUGAGAUUUGGGAUACGGAAAUGUCAUCAGAUUUUGACUUCCAAGGUAAUUUGCAAAGGUUCAACAAGAAGGAUGCAUUCAAGGAUUUCCAGAACGUUGAAAUUCCAAAGGACGAGACUAAAAUCCCACAUAACGAAAUGGUCACCGCGGGGAAUGUCAAGGAGACUACUAGUGAUUCGGACAAGAUCACUGAGUCCAUCAACAUCACUCAUCUGUUAAGAAACGACUCGAUAGCAGCCAGUCUAGCUAACCAACGUAAGACUUUCACUUGUGGUAGUAAAAACAAGAUCAAAGUGCCAUUGGCAACACCAAUUCAGUUGUUGGAGAUGGAAAAAAUCGCAGACGAAAAAUUCAUGCUUCCAUUGAAGACUUCAUUAGAACACUCAGGAAUACACAUUUCAAGGUUGUUGAGAAACAUGUUGAAAUCGUACACCCCUCCUGCUACUUCCGAUAGUGACGCAGUCCCCACCGUUGUUGCAUUCGUAUCUGGUGGAAGGAGUGGAUCACGUUGUAUCUCCGCAUUGAGAUGUCUACUCUACAUCAAGGAUAUCAGAUGCAUCAUCGUGAAUCCAUUCAUCAACGAACGUGAAAGUUUCGACGAUGACAUCUCUACAGAACAAAUAAACAAAAUUAAGACUUUAAACAACGUGCAUUUCCCUGACUCUUUGGCUAAAUUGAAGGAACUCUUACAAAAUGAACCACCAUCCAUCAUCAUUGACGCCCUACAAGGUUUCGACGAUACUGUAUCAGACCUCGAUUUCUCCCCUGAUUCAAACGACAACAUCGCGCAAUACAUCAAGUGGAUCAACUCACACGAAACCGUCUCUGCUUGCCUUGAAGUCAUCUCUUUCGAUUGUCCAGCACAUAUAGACCCAUCGUCAGGUGACGUUAUCGAAUCCGAUUUCGUUCAUCCAACUACCAUCCUAUCCACUGGCUGGCCAUUGCAUUGUCUACCUAAAUUGACACAAAUCUUACCUGACUGGAGAAACACAUACGUCUACGAUACAGGUGUCCCACAACAAACGUACCUCUUGAAACCUAACCUAAGAAAGUUCUACAAAUUGGACAUAUACCCGGGUUUCUCGGGUACUCAAGAACUAAAAUGA